GCUGAACAUACGCAGAAAAGACUUGGAUGCAGCCUUCGAUGCCAUUUAGUUUCUAUCAGUGCUUCAUCUUGCUCCAGCUGUAUUACGAUUCAAGUCAAGGAUCCAAAUCAUGGCGCUGAAGCAGCUGUAUAGCCAUGAGCAUCCAGAAAUUGACAUCGUCGCUAUCCAUGGCAUGAACCCCAUGAGCAAUAUCGCUCACGCGGACAAUACUUGGACUGAUGAAGAGUCCCGCACGCACUGGCUCCGGGACGAACACAUGUUGCCAUGCAGCAUCCCGAGGGCACGGAUGUUGGCUUUCGAGUAUAAUGCGAACGUGUUCUUCAACUCGUCAUGUGCAGACGUACAGGAGCAGGCUAAGAAUCUUUUGAAUUCCCUUUGGCUGCAGCGGGAGAAGACUAACUCGCGCCCGAUUAUCUUCAUUGCGCAUAGUCUCGGUGGUAUCAUUGCCAAAGAGGCGCUUGCAAAGGCAAAUGAGAGUGAAGGAAUAUACGUCGGGAUUUUGACGUUCACCUACGGUAUCGCAUGUUUUGGUACUCCACAUCGAGGCUCCAUUCUAGCUUCAUGUGGCCUUACAACGAGAAACUCGUUCCUUGCAAGCGUUGACAGGUCUAGUAGCUUUCAUCGUGAUCUAAGAGAGCGCUUUAACCCGCUCUUAGAGCAGUACAUAUAUCUGAAUGUCUGCGAGACAUUGGAGAAGAACAUUUCGAGCCUCCCCGUGGGAGUAGUCGUUAAUCCUGUCUCAGCCACCCUUGGGCUUAAGGAUUCGAAGGGGAUUUGUAUAUAUCUCAAUCGAGAUCAUAAGACGGUGUGCAAGUUCAAAGGCGAGGAUGACCCGGAUUUUCGUAAGGUUGCCGCAAACUUGCAGAAAAUGGCAAAAGGAGCCGUUGACUGUACCAGGAAUACGCGAGCAGUUGCCGAGCAAGAAGAUGAAUUUCGCAGAAUGAAGUCCUGGUACUCAGAUGAAGUGGAGGAAGAACCAAUGGACACGCUGUCCGCUAUCAGAAAUGCCAAUGACGUCGUAGGAGACGCUGGGAGUACCUCCGCCGAAAGUCAACUUCUCAGUCAACUGGAAGUCGCGGCGCAAAACUGGGGAACUAUCAUCUGGACGCUUACAUCAUGGAAUGCAGAGAUCCUGAAUCUGCUCUCAUGGAUGUUUUUGACCGGCUUCGUACUAAGGAUCUUCAUACCGACGCCGAGUCUACCGACCAGACAAGAGGUAUGCGUGAAGGCGGACGAGGGAGUUCAGGCUUGUGUUUCUCUUCACGAUAUCCGACGCCUCCAGGUCGAGAUUCUGGAUGCGCAAUUUUAUCGGACAAGUCGUGCAGUUAGGCGUCUCGAGGUUGCAACAACUGUUUCCGUUCCAUGCUCGGCAUGCACGGCGAUUGGGUUCCCCUUGAAGACGUUAGAAAUUGUCAGGGUUCUGGAAGAAAAGCUUCAUAAACGCAAAGUAAUUCUGGCUGUUGAACUUCAUAGGCGGUAUGGGGAACAGAAAGAUGCGAAAGAGAAGAAGGAAGAAAGCGAGAAACUGAAGAAGGUUAAUGAUGAGAGGGGGUGGUGGUGGUGGUGCUUUCAUUAGGCUUGUGUUGAGGCCAAAGGCCACGACGUCGGGUCCUGUAUACCGCUUAUUAACAAGGUCUACAGUGCUAGCAGCAACAAUUUACUGGGUUCCAAUAUGU